UAGAAGCUCCUCUAAUUUUUUUAUUAUAUAUCUUUUCUUGCAUAAAAUUAAAACUCAUUUGCAAAAUACUCAACUUUCUAUCAAGAUGGAGAAUUCAUCUGAAUCAAUGAUAUUCGACAUGGAAAUGCUGCGAAAUAAUCUCCCUAAAAAGAGAGGAUUGUCAAGGUAUUAUUCAGGAAAAUCAAGAUCAUUUACGUGCAUGGCAGAUGUUCAUUGUCUUGAAGAUUUAAAGAAGAAAGAAAAUCCUGAUGCAAAGAAAAGGAAAAAAUAUUCUGACAAGAAGGAUUUUCUUGUUCCUCCACAUCCAUGUCGAAGGGUUUCUAGUACAACCCAUUGUGCUUCACUUUAUGCUGGUGUGUAAUUAUUCAACCUCCUUGCUUCUUAGACAAGAUAACAGUUUUCUAUCCCCGACGAACGCAGCCGUAACUAUAACGGCAAUAAGAUAGCGAAAACCGGGGAUUACUACACAUGAACAUAUUAUAAGAUGAGUUGAUAACUUUUUCUUUUUUGUAUUUACAAUUUUGCAAUCACCAUGUAAUGAAUAGUGUUGUGUAUAAUUAAAUAUUGUAUAUAAUUAGUUUGUUUAUUCUCAAA